CAGUAGCAUCGGGUUUAUUUCGAUUCGAACCAUCACCGCAGUCGGUCGUACGCCGGUUCGGCACCAGAGUUCCUGUUUUGCGUGUUUCGUGUGCAUCGUGUUGAAAUUCGGACGAAAGCUGGGAGCGAACGUGAUAUUGAGAAUCAGAAUCCAGAUGCGGGAUAAAGAAUAACUACUGCAAGAACGAGCAUAAGUAGAUAAAGAGAUACCUGAGCUGGAUGUGUGUGAUUUCGAAACGACAACAAUGUGGAUAAUUUUGAUGUUGGAGUGAUAUUGUGCAAGGAGGCACCAUCGGGAUGUUCGCCCGUUGUCUGUGUUUUUGUGUGUGGUAAAGUGCCGAGUUUAAUGAAUGUGUAGAUAGAUUGCACAGCACAUGUGUCUGUGUUUGUGUCAGUGAGGGCUGGUGAAAAAUAUGAAAUACUGACGUCCUGGGGACAACGUAGGCAGGCCAAACAAAAACUAAGAGACUAAAGUGAACGGCGAUAAGGUUACAGAUGUCCUGAGCACACAAGGUACGGCAGGCUCGCAAGGAAACGCUGGGACACUCAGGGAGGGUACGGGACGGGAGUGUAACUGGAUCCGGAUACAUGCGCGCCUCCAAGAAGGCCCGCUCCUUUGGUCGCCCUGCAGCGCACAACCACCAGCCACCAGCAGCAGCCACGAAAGGACGACAACGUAUCCCAUUUACCACGUCAACAAAGCGAGUGUGCAGCUAAUGCUAAUGCCUGCAGCUAGCUCACCGAAGCAGAAGCAGAAGCAGCAACAGAAACAACAACACCUACUGCCACAAGGGCCAGGGCAGGUGCAAGAGACGCACAGGAAGCGCAGGACAAAGGCAGCCUUUGCGUGGCACACAGGGAAACGUAAAAACUGACAACGAAACCCAAGCAGCGAGCAUGACGUCGUCGUCGGUGAUUAAUAAAGCCGGAAAUGUGAUUAUACUCAUAGUGAACCUACAACUAACAUGGCUAGUGUUGGCGGGUGUGGCCAGGGAGCUGCCACAGGUGGACUACGGCAGCAUGUCCGACUCCAUGGAGGAAGCUGGGAUCGACCCACUGACUGCCUUGGCGCCCUUCGCCAAUGCACUGGUCACUGAGGACAGCGCCCCACAAAGAACCAAUAUUGAGUUACUUAGCAACAGCAGCGAGGACGAGAAUGGCAGGCUGGGACUGGGACUGGGACUGGGCUCCUCCUCAUCGGCAGCGGCUGCAGGCACGCUCCUGGAGGAGUUCAACGGUGGCAAGCUCAGUCCUGCGGAAGCCAGCAACACGCUGCCCAUCUUCCUCAGUGAGCCGGAGAGCGUGUUUGUGGUGAAGAACCGCCCCGCUGUCCUCAAGUGCAAGGCCUCCCACUCGCUGCAGGUGAUCUUUAAGUGCAGCGGCAGCUCCCAGCCGCCGCCGUCGACGCACGACAAGCACGUGGAUCCACACACGGGCGUCCACAUGGAAGAGGUCACGGCCACCAUUCACCGCGAUCUCGUGGACGAGUACUUUGGCAAGGGUCCGUUCAAGUGCGAGUGCCACGCUUGGUCGUCCCGUGGCGUGGUCAAAAGUCAAGCUGCCACAGUGCAUAUUGCAUAUAUUCGCAAGACCUUCGGCCAGUCGCCCACCUCGCUGCGGCUCGAGCUGGGUAGCCGGGCGGAACUGCACUGCGAGCCACCCGGCGGCUUUCCCGAGCCAAAGCUCUCCUGGUACAAGAGCAACGCAGUAAUAGCCUCCGACAGCGAGCCGGGCCUGUCCGUCUCUGGCGGCACACUGACCUUCCGCCCGGUGGCGCUGCAACACAUGGCCAAUUAUAGUUGCAGUGCGGAGAAUAUUGCCGGGAAACGAGUCUCCGACUCUGCUGUGUUGAUUGUCUAUGUGAAUGGAGGCUGGAGCACCUGGAGCCCUUGGCGCGAGUGCAAGUGCGCGGGCAAGCCGAGCCAGGGACGAAAGCGGUCGCGCACAUGCACCAAUCCAAUGCCCUUAAAUGGGGGCGCCCAGUGUCCAGGCCCACAGAUACAGAAAUCUGCGGACUGCGCCGCUUGUCCAGAGGAUACUCAAAUCGUGAGCACUGAUGGAUUUGACAUUUCGUCGAGUAAGCGCAUGGCACGCUGGUCCGCGUGGAGCGACUGGAGCAUCUGCUCCGCGGAGUGUAUACAAGUGCGUCGCAGAAAGUGCCUGACACAGACACAGACACAGACGUCUGACGCGGAUGAAGCCGGAGAUCUGCUGCUGACUGGAGUGGGCAUGGCAGCCCUCAGCAGCAUCAGCGGAAGCGCAGCUCUGCUGGACGCUACAGCGACUGAUGGGGGCUCAGGAUAUGGCAAAUCAUUGUGCGCCGGAAAAGACACACAAACGGCCGAGUGCCGUGGAGAGCAGUGUCAUAUUGGCAAGGAUGAUUUCGAUUGGACACUUUAUCUGGGACUGGCCUUCAUAACCGCCGUUUGCUUUGCCUUUGGCGCUGCUCUCAUUUGCUGUGCCCGUCGCGGAAUGCGCGCCAAUCCCCACUACAACAUGGCCCGCUCAGUCAUGGAUACGGAUUAUAUGCCCGGCGUUGUGGAGAAGAAGGAGAUGCGAAUGCACAUCGAGGCCAGCAAUUUGGGAUAUGAUUAUGUGAAUCCCGGACAUCGCUAUAUGCCUGCCGAGCAUAUUGUGGGCAUGGGCAUGGGCUGUGGCGGCGUGACAGAGCACCACUACGACGUACCCAACCUGGCGGCCAACUACACCAAUCCGAUUGACGAUCUUGGCGCUGAUUACUUGUCAGAAACCGGAGAGUCGUCCACCGCCGAUACAUCCAACUCCACCUUCGAUAUGAACGCCAAGCUGUCCAUACUGAAUGCCUCGAAAAGCAGCAGCUACGAACUGUUGGGCGGUACCGGGGGACAGCUGCGUCUAUACGGCGGAGAGCUGCUGCUCUUUGUGCCCGAGCACGCGAUUGGAAAGAACCUAAAGAAGCACGUCUCGCUGCAGCUUCUGAGCGACGAGUGCAGCCGCGUGUCCUGCGCCACCGAGAGCUCCAUUUUGUGCAGCAGCGUGGUGCACAGUGCUCCGCGCAACUACAGCUUUGUGAAGCCGGUGAUCCUGAAAAUACCGCACUGCCUGGUGGCUCCGGAGCAGUGGCAUGUGCACAUCUACCAUGCGGACAGCGAGCACGACGAGCUGAAUGUAAGCUGGAGACGAGCCGUGUCAGUGGGCGAAGAGACCAUCAACACACCCAUGUUUGUGCAGCUGGAGGCGACGCAUGUGUACAUCAUGACGGAGCAACUGGGACAUUUCGCCAUCGUUGCCGAGCCCCGCAUUCAGCAGCCUGCCAUUAAGAUGAAGCUGCUAGCCUUCAGCCAGCACACGCCGCCCAGCAGCGUCAACUGCAGUCUGCGGAUCUACGUGGUCAAGGACUUGCCCAACAGCCGGGACAUCUGUGCCAGUGUGGAGUGCAAGCUGGGCGGCAGCUUUCUGGGCGAGAGUCAGGUCUUUGGGUUCGAGCUGAACAGCCGCAAUCUGAACAUUCGCGUACGGUGCGCGGAAAUGGAGGCAGCAGCUCCAUAUGAGCAUGCCAUUCCCUACCAUCACAUUCUGAGCAACAACUCCAUACUGCACUGCGAGUUCAGUCUGCGGCGACAGGACCAGAGUACGCUGUGCGUGGACUUCGGCCAAGGGGGCAAGGAUGACUCGGACUACUGCACUUUCAACAUUCCAACCCACUCGAUGAGCGGUUCUGCGGAGGAGCUGGCUUCAACCACGAACACAACGAUUUCUAUAGACCGCCAGGGCAACUAUGUCAAUGAGAGUUGCGUCAUGGAUUUUGUGCAGCUGCCGCAUUUGACGAAGCGCCUGAUCUGUGCCGCGCUGGAUCCCCCGCGCGCCGACGAGCGCGACUGGCGUCUCCUGGCGAAGAAGCUGAACACGGAUCGGUAUAUUGCCUACUUUGCCACCAAGCCCUCGCCCACCGAGCAGAUACUCAAUCUGUGGGAAUGUCGAGCCAACAGCUGCUCCACCAACAGUUCCACUUCAGUUUCCCACACCAUUAUGGCACUCCUGCUGACGUUGAAGGAAAUGGGACGCCAGGACGUGCUGGACAUUAUAGUGGAAACGAUCGGUCCCCUGUGGAUCUAAGCGAUGCACUCUUCCUUAUCUCAGCAGGUUUCUGGACAGGAUUAACACACAAGAACUGAAGAAUUGAACCCAAAACUAUCUACAAUGUUUGUUAAUAUGAAAUCACUGUGAAUGGGGGAUUCAGGGGGAUGCAGAUACAGCAGCUGUGUUGUUCGUUUACCUUUCUGUUGAAAACAAAAAUGUUCAUGAGUUGCCUUUUAUUUAAAAAAUGUACGAACGAAACGAAACGAAGUCAGAAAACAAUGAAUCGAAAUGAAAACAUACUGAAUCAAAGUGUAGCUUUAGUCAUAGUCAUAUAGUAGUUGGUAGUCACUAAGUUACGAUUAUUGUAGUGUAUUGUAUUCUAAGGUAACUGCUCAACGAACUCUGUUCCCCACGGCUGCCAUGCAUUUUACAUACAUAUAUACAUACAUACAUACAUACAUACAUACAUACAUACAUAUAUACUAAAAGGUGGAAAUAUAGCGAUAAAUUACUUGUGGCUUAGCAAACUUAUAGUUUUAAACAUAAACAACUCUAGUAUUACGAUGGAAGAAACUAUGUACGAUAGCAACUGUAAGAUAUUUGUAUCUGUGGCAGGAUGUACUACCAAGUGAUGGCCAUUCAGCAGAUAUUCGAGUCUGGCCGUAUCCGUAUUUAUACAGCCUCCAUUUGAAUUUAAAUGUGUGAGGUUGUAACUGUAUGCCAAAUCGUUGAUUUUCUCAGCCCUUUUCUAUUAACGUAUAGUCACUAUGGAAGAACAGAAUUAAGUAAUCAAAACGAUGCCAUAAAACACACAGAAAUACACAAACAUACAUACAUACAAAUACCUACGCAUAUAUAGCGAGUGUGUGUGUACAUAUACCUAGAGAAUAGUGUAAAACAAAACAACAAAACGAGUAGUUUGUUAGACAUGCUCAAGUGAUAACCAUUGUAUUUGUCUUUAGCUAUAAGUCCGAUCCUGUCGUUUAAUCGUUAAUCAAGUAAACAUUAACUGAACAUUUACGUAUGUAUGUAUACUUAGUGGCUCAAAAAGAAAGUUAGAUA